AAUUCUGUUUUGUUCCGAUCGUAUCAUUCACGAAAUACAAGCUUUGAACUAGUUCGUUCUGGAACAACGCAUCCCUAGCGAUUCCAAUUCUUACUUCAAUUAAGAAAAUACGCUUCCCCAUCGCUCAAAAUAAAAAAACAAAAUAAAUGCUUUAAAACUAUAAACCACGUAUAAACUAACAAUGGAUCGCAAUAAAGUUCCAUUGUCAUCUUCGAGGGCUCCGAAAAAAGUCUCCUCCCAUGCAAGCAGUGAAUUUUUUGCCCUCGGCUCGAAGGGAUACAAUCGAGGUGAUGAGACCAAAGCCAAGUUACCCAUCAGCAAGGCAAGCACCUCCACAGCAGUUGAUCGCAAAAGAGAUGCGACAGGUGCAGCAUCAUCGUCCCUGAUGGCGGCGAAAAAACCAAAACUUUCCUCAUCGGUUCGUUCCGCUGAAGGUGCGGGCGCUGGCAUCGUUGCGCCAUCCAAUGAACUUUGGGAACAGAUGGCAACCGAUUGUGAUUCGGUGGAUAUUAUUGAGACCAUACAAACUGCUGCCGAACAGCAUGAUAACGAGACAUUGGUACGCCUCAUCUGUGGUUGUAUUAAAAACAUAAUUUCAUCGUAUGCCAAAUCCAAGCCGGAUAUGAUUGCCAUGUUGAGCAUCAUGUAUUUGGCCAAGGUACAUCCGGAUUAUUUUAAUAAUGAUAUUAUAACAUCGGGUCUGUUGCACAUUCUGCGAAGAGAUUUUAAUUUGAAAAUGCGACAAAGUUCAUAUUCCCAUGUGUUGGCGUGUAACCUGUUGAUGCGUGUCUACGCAGACAAACGGCAAUGGCCGGAAAUAUUUAUGCGCAUCUAUAUUGACGAUGCCAUCAAUGAUCGUUUCUGGUCGGACAAUAGUUUGUGUGCCCCGUUCAUAAAGAAUAUUGCUGCUGCGUUUAAGACACGCCAACCCCAGCUUACAUUCCUGCAGUCGGAUGGUAGUGCGUCGGGUGCUGGUACACCAACAAUGACUACCCCGACAGCGGGUGGUGGUAAUCAACAAAAUUUGGCAAUAAAUGUUGAUGAUGACUCGUGUGACAACUCUGAGGCCAGUGGUUCGGCCAAGCCUUCAGAAUUUAAGCUCAGCGGCGGUGAUACAUACUUCGAUGCCAAAAAUCGCUAUGUAGACUCGGAACGUAUUGUGGAGAAAUAUGUAACCGAGGCCAUCAAGGAACAAUUGAAUAAACGUCAACAGCAGGAAUGCUAUACAAGGAAUUUUCUUAAAUUCCUGUGUAUCACCUCUGGCCUGGUGGAGGUACGACAUUUGUGUAUAUCACGUUUAGAGCUAUGGAUCCAUAAUGGCAAAUUGGUGAAGUUUGCCCAGGAACUGUUGUCCUAUAUAUGCUUUAAUGUCCGGGCCAAGCAUGUUAAGGAUCACGAAGUGUUGGCCAUAUUGGUUAAGAUGCGUUUGAAGGCGAAACCUUUGAUCAAUUUCUAUAUGGCAUGUAUCAAGGAGAUGAUACGCCUGGAACCGGGUAUUUUGAAUGUUGUCCUAAAGCUGGUGGUGCAAAAUGAAUUGUCCAAUACACGUAACCCGAAUAACAUGGGCAUGUUGGCCACAAUGUUCCAAACGGCCCCUGAUGAAUCGGCCAAGUGCUUGGCUGAAAUUUAUAAGGAAUUUCUAUUGCAACGCGAGGAUUGCCUGCGCACCCUGCGUGUAUUUCUAAGGGAACUGGUGCGCAUGCUGCGCAAUGACAUUAAUCUGGUGGUGUUUUGUAAAGUCUUUCUAAACGGCCGACCCGAGUUGAACAAACAAAUUGAAAACUCAGAGUUUAGAGAUCGCAUUUUCCACUCCAUGGUUGAUAUUGCAUGUCUGUGCAUGUUGUUGUCCGUAUCGCCACAGGUGCGCGAGGCAAGCAUUUCUUUGAGGGUGACCAAAGAUAAUGCUGCAAAUAAUGCAAUACUAUUGAAGUUCUACAAUCAAAUGUGUCAAAUCCAAUUGGACUGUGUAUCGUGGAUGUAUGAAAUUGUGCCCGCCCUAAAACUGCAGGGUACCGAAUACUAUAAUGGCCUGCAUAAAAUGUUACUUCUCGACAAUGCCGAACAAUAUUCGAGAUAUGAUCAAUGGCCGUCGGAGCCGGAGAGAACCACACUGCUUCGAUUGGUUUCCGAGACGCCCAUACAUGAAGACACCCUUAUUAGGAUCAUACUGAUUGGUAUCACAAAGGAGAUUCCCUUUACCAUACCGGAUACAUUUGACAUAAUAAUCUCGUUAAUUAAACGGGCCUCAACAAUGCGCAUUACCAGCUGCCCUGUGGUGCAGGCAAAUAAAUUCGACAUUAUCGAUUUCCUUUUCAACAUGGCCGAAUAUCAUCAUCCGGAAAAUAUCAAUUUACCCGUGGACUAUGAACCGCCCAAAUUGGCCAUAACCGUAUUGUACUGGAAGGCAUGGCUGAUAAUGUUGAUGAUAUCCGCCCAUAAUCCCUCAACGUUUGGAGCUUUUUGUUGGAAUCAUUAUCCCACAAUGAAAAUGCUAAUGGAAAUGUGCAUAACCAAUCAGUUUAAUGAGUCGACCAUGACCAAGGAGGAGUUGCAGAUCAUACCAAUGGAACGUGAUCACAUUGUUGAAUUUGAAUCAUAUUUGGCGGCUCAAACAUCACAGGCCGUGAUUACCGAAGAAAAUGCCAUACUCACGUCUCAGCUAAUGUUAAUGGAUCCCAUGGGAGUGGCGCGACGACUGCCCGCCGGUGUUCUUGAACAAUUGCGCUCAUUGAAUAAACUGCUGAAAAUUGGGCAUCUUUUGUGUCGCAGCCGUAAACCGGAUCUGUUGCUGGACAUAAUACAACGCCAGGGCACCUCACAAUCAAUGCCAUGGCUCUCGGAUUUGGUGCAAAAUAGUGAUGGCGAUUUCAAUCACCUACCCGUGCAAUGCCUGUGUGAGUUUUUACUCUUCAAUGCCAGCGUUAUCAACGAGGAAAAUAGCCGUGAUGCGGAAUUGGUGAAUUUUCUGCGAAAUGUCAUCAUGGAUCCGGCCUAUAGCAAACAAACAUGUGAAAUAUUGGACUACAUUUUCCGGCGUCUAUGUUCCACGGUAAAAACGACAAGAGUUUCGGCUUUGAGAGGUCUAAAAAUCAUCUUUAAAAGUUCCGAUAUGUCCGGCAAUGAUUGGUUGCUGAGUUCAAUACCCCAGAUACCGCAUUUCAAUGAGGUAAGAGUUUUCAUUAUACCCCAACUGCGGUCGGCAUGCCAGGUGGAAAAUUGUCCCGAUUUGGUAAUGGCCUACAUACAAUUCAUAGCAGCCAAUACGCUCGAUGAUUCGGUGACCGAUAUGUUGGAUCAUGUCAUUGAUAUGGCCCAAUUGAUUGUGGAACGUAGCACCAUGUUCCAGCACAUAAUUCCCCUGACAGAUGGCAGCAACGAGACCCUGCUGUUUGACGAACAAACACGUAUGGAUGAGGAAAAUCGCCUGCAAACCCUCAAAUGUUUAUUUGUCAUGUUCAACAACUACAUAAUUAAAUUGCGGGAUCAUCAUGAGACCUAUCAAUGGAAUGAGUAUCCGGAUUUGUUAAUGGUACAGUUCAACGAUGGCGUUCAAUUGCCGCUGCAUUUGAAUAUCAUCCAUGCCUUUAUUAUUCUGCUAACGCACAGCAGUAAUCAAAUGCCGGAGUCUGUGCCAAUUUUAGAUUAUUGGUUUCCGGUGGAUGGCAAUGUACCCAUUGCCUACAUUCCCAAUAUGCCGCAAGAGCCCGUACAACUACUGCCGGAUUGGUUGAAAUUGAAAAUGAUUAGAUCUUCAGUGGAUCGUCUAAUCGAGGCCGCCAUACGUGAGCUAACACCCGAUCAAAUUGUAUUGUUUGUUCAGAAUUUCGGCACACCUAUCAAUUCCAUGUCCAAGCUAUUGGCCCUAUUGGAUCAUGCGGUAAUCGAACAAUUUGACACGGUUAAGAAUGCCAUACUCAACAAGGCCUAUUUGGCUCAAUUGAUUGAAAUCCAGCAGGCAAGAGGGGCCAAAAAUGGUCACUAUACCGUCAAUGCUUUGGGUCUGUAUUCGCAUUCGCAGACUGUGGAAGAUAAUCCGAAAAUCAAAAUUGAUGUUUUGGAACCCAUCGGCCUGGAGGAGCUAGAAAUGCCUUCAGUCGUAGGCGAGCAGCAGCCGGAGCAUAGCCACGGGGGAGAGGAGAAUCUUUACCGGGUUAUUAAUUGGUCGCAACGCCAGCAAUUUCAAAAUGCCGACUUUCAUGCUCUAAUCCACUAUCUCUUGGAGUUGGAUGGCAAAAAGGACGCAGUGAUAACACAACAGAUUUUAGGCCACAAAAAUUUGGAAAAUCUCUUGCUGAACGUUUUGGAUGGCAAUCAGGCGGUAUCUCUGUUUCGUUCACUUUUAAGAUUAUGUCCCAUAUCGGCAGCAUCGGCUUCUAACAAUUUACCACUUUUCAAAACGUUGACAACAAAAUUCGAGCCCAUUUUCUUUGCAGAGACAAUGCAGAAAUUAAUUGCCAGCACUUUGGAGGUUACCCCAACACGGGAAAGCAAUACCACCCUUGUAAAGCCAACACGUUUCACAUUACAACAAGUCCUUGGGGAAUUUAGGAAUGAACGGAAAUCUCUGAAGCCAAGUAAAUUUUACAGCAAUGGCAUGUUGGUGGAUUUGUUGGCCGACAAUGAUCCCGAAUUAUGCUGUGAUUUCUUGAAGGAAGAUCUUCCUUUGCUAUUCUCCCAAAGAUCGGGAGAUUUCCGUUUCUACAUGCUAUCAUGGAUUUGUCAUGAGACCAAUUGGAAUACCCUCAUACAUAGCUUGGAGUACAUGUUAAGGUCGGCUAACAAUGAAGCCGAGGAUUUGGACUAUAGCACAGUGCUGAAUUUCAUUGAGGCUCUGAUACACAACCCGAAAUUGUGGCAAGGUCGAGACCGCACCGUUUUAAAGACAGAUCUCACCGAUAAUGUCAUUAACUUAGUGGAUGGCGAAUUGAAAACCUUUACCGAAUUCAUAUUGAAGGAGGGCGAAAUGGAAUUCAAAUCCUCUGCCUCACAAUAUCCCUUCAUCUUAUCCUGUCGCAUUAAUUUGCUGUUUCGCAUAUGCCGAAAGAACACCAGGAAUUUAAUACGUUUCAUCGAACACGUCUGCCAGUCCACGAAAAGUCCGGAAAAAUUGCGCCUCAGCGUCUUGAGACAGAUGUAUCUGAUGUAUCCCUCGAUUAAGUUCAUACGCUCGCAACAGAUAGAAUCCUAUGCGGAUAAAUUACAAAAUCUCAAUGGGUGUCAGGCGGACAAGGUGACCUCGAAUCUCAUCACCUGCCUGGGCAAUUUGUUGACCAAAAAAGACUUUGAAGCAUUGUCGAGCGACAUUGAAUUGCUGAUACGCAAAAUAGCUGCCUCGCAUCCGGCUCUAUUUCUCCGUCAAUUGGGUGUAUUGUCGUCCUUGAUACAAGGCCUCGGCCAAUUGAGUUUGCGUGUCAUACGCGACGAAUAUCACAUGCAUCGGUUCAUCCAGAUCCUAAGGACAUUGGAACUAUUGCAACCCACAUGCUUUGAUGACAUCUACAAGGAGGAAUUCCAAUCGGCCCUGAAAUGUUACUUUACAUUCUUCCAGCAGUACAGCAAUGUCAAGGAGGCCUACCACAUCCUGAUUAAGUUAAUUGAACUGCUGCAGGCCUAUAUCAAUGUAAAUCCCUCGUCUGCUUUGGCGUUCAUAGAACAACAUGAAUAUGUGGAUGUAUUAAUGGAUUUGGCCAGUCGUUAUAAUUCCAUAUCAUCUCUACAUCAAUUGGUUCAGGGCAUUACAUUGUUGCAACAAAAGACCACCUCGUCGCACAACAGCAAUGUUGAGGUCAAACAGGAAUUCGAUUUUGAAGAGUCAUCCUACUCGAACAAUGACAAUCGUGCAAGCACAUCCAACAGCGCCACCACCACCACCUCUGCGGUUGUGGCUGCCCCCAUGGAAACCGAUUCCACAGACUCAUCCGGCAGUUAUCAGCUUUCAAAUUUGGACAUAAAUUCCCGGGGCGCGGUAACAGUAGCCAUUUCAGGAUCUCUGAAUAAAUCCACUUCAAUUUCCCCACACUUUGCCAACCUCAUAAAAAUUGUCAAACACUCCACGGCCGAGGAUACAAUAUUGGGACCCCUGCAAGAAAUUGAAAGUUUCACAUCGAAACGUUUCAAUUUCCUAAGCGAACUGUUUGAUCGUCUCUUGGAAUUGAUUUUUUCCUCCAGUGCCCAGAUACGUAGCAAUGCCUUUAUAUUGCUGAUACGACACCUCAAACACAAUCCCGGCCGCACAGAUGUCAAUCGCUGUACUCUCAAUGCCUAUAUCCAGUGUUUGCGAGACGACAACUCAUCUGUGGCUGCAACAGCCAUGGAUAAUUUAACCGAUAUGUGUUUGCUGUUACAGGAACAUGCCCGGGAAAUCUUAUCAGUAUCCUUUGCCUUAGGUCUUAAAUCGAAGUUGAAUACAAGUCCGCAAAUUAAGCGGGCACUGCAAACGAUAAUGUUGCAGCAUGGUUAUUAGGUUAGAAUGUAAUUGUAAAAUGAUAAAAAAACAAAA